AUGACCGACGGGACGCCUAGCCGGACAGCGAGCGUUUCGCCGGGCCCUGGUUCUGGCACUAAUGGAGAGGGCACACCAGCUCCCACUUUACCGGCACCAACCAUCACUAUUACGUCCACACAACAGGUUCGUGUAGGUUUCAAGUGUUAUGUUGAGAAGAACGGCGAAAAGAGACUGGCAGAAAUCCUCUCAACUCAUGUUAGAAAGGGCAACCUGGAGUUUUAUGUGCAUUAUGAAGACUUCAAUAAGCGUUUGGAUGAGUGGGUGAGCGAGAGCAGAAUCGACUUGAGCCAACCGGUGACUUUACCGCGUCCUGAAAAGCCAAAGAAGAGCGGUUCAGAAACGCCAAAGGCCGGGCCACAUAACAAGGUUGGAAAGAAGUCCACAAAAAAGACUACUAAAGCUGCAGCAGCGGCGGCAGCAGCUGCUGCUAGACAUUCUGGGGUCUCAACUCCUAAAAACAAGAAGAUUGGUGCUGGCAAGGAAAAUGAAGAACCAGUCUCAACGCCGGGGAAUGCUGAUGUUAUGGAUUUGGAUGAUAUCAAAGUCAAUACUCAACAGGAUCCAGACGACUUUAACCGUGAAGAAGAGAUUGAAAAACUUAGAACAUCGGGAUCUAUGACACAGAAUGCACAUGAAGUCGCUCGUGUUCGUAACGUAUCAAAAAUUAUAAUGGGUGAAAAUGAGAUCGAACCUUGGUAUUUCAGUCCUUACCCAAUCGAACUGACAGAGGAAGACCAGAUAUACAUUUGUGAAUUUUCACUGAGCUAUUUUGGAUCUAAGAAGCAGUUCGAGAGAUUCAGAUCCAAAAGUACCUUGAGGCAUCCGCCAGGAAACGAAAUCUAUAGGGACGAAAAUGUGUCGUUCUUUGAGAUUGAUGGUCGCCGUCAGCGUACGUGGUGUAGAAACCUGUGUUUGUUGUCCAAGCUCUUCCUUGACCACAAAACUUUGUACUACGAUGUCGACCCAUUUCUGUUUUAUUGCAUGACAAAAAGAGAUGAAAUGGGCCACCACCUUGUAGGAUACUUUUCUAAAGAAAAAGAGUCUGCUGAAGGUUACAAUGUAGCUUGUAUUCUGACACUUCCUCAAUAUCAACGACAUGGUUAUGGUCGAGUAUUGAUUGAUUUCAGCUACAAUCUGUCUAAGAAAGAAGGUAAAGUGGGCUCUCCUGAAAAACCUCUCUCUGAUUUGGGUCUUCUCAGUUACCGAGCUUACUGGGCUGACUCUAUUGUUGAGCUACUUAUUGAGUCAGGGAAAAAUGACACAACUAUUGAAGAGAUCUCAUCUUCAACGGCCAUGACUACUACCGAUAUCAUCCACACCCUUCAAACUCUGGGAAUGUUGAAAUACUAUAAAGGGCAACAUAUUAUUUGCCUGACAGAAGCCGUGGUUGAGAAAUAUGAUCGCCAGAAGGCCCGUAAACGAAUCCGUAUUGACCCGUCAAAGCUGCUUUGGAAACCGCCUGUAUUCACUGCUGCCCAACUACGGUUUGCCUGGUAA